AUGGAUUCUGAGGGGGUUCAACAAGCUGCUGCCAUGAACGGCUCUACUGAUGAGAAGAACAAGCUGGACCUGGCACUACGGCUGGGAUUACCUGAUAAUGGCGAAAACCCACCCAAAGAUCAGGGUCAACAAUUUGACCCCGCUCUUUUGGCUACUGAUAACAAUGUCGACUUGAGUCAUCUUGCUCUUCGCUCUCAGGGGGAAAAGGACAAUCAUGUGCCUCAUGGAGGAGUUCAUAUCAAUGCCGAUGCAUUGCCUCUCGAAUUGGGAAUUCAUGACUACUAUGCAAACCCUACCAAGCACUGUGCUUCAUCAACAGGAAUUGAUCUUUCUCCUAAUAACCCUCCUGUUUUUCCUGGUUGGCCACUGAUGGUUGUAAGCAACACCAGCAACCUAUUUGUCGACAUAUCCCAGGAAAAUAAUAUGGUGUUAGGGACAAGCUCGUCGUUUGGUAGGCCUCCGAAGUUACCAAUUAGACGCCGUCGACAGGGUCACGAUGCUACCGACAACUCUACCAACAGGUGUGCCAACCCUUUGUGCAACGCCACUACUUCCCCCAUGUGGCGCCGUGGCCCUCUUGGCCCAAAGACACUAUGCAAUGCAUGUGGAAUCAAGUAUAGAAAGGAGGAGGAGAAAAGAAGGACUCAAGCGAUUAUGAUGCAGCUGCAUGAGCUCGCUACUGCUCGUCAUAAACCAGCUGCAUGA